AUGUCAAAAAGUUUAAUUUCUGUGGCGUUUUUAAUACUUCAAGCAUCUUUUUCGUUUGCUGCUAGCGAUGAAGUCAAGGAAAGCAGGUGAGAUGUCCCACGGUAUGUCAAACGCAACUGAAUCAAAGUUGUUUUCUCAAAAUCUACUUUUCGAGUCGCAGGAAAGUUUUUUUUUCAAAGAUUUAACUAGAAGUGUUUGAAAAGGAAUGAUGCAAUAACAUUAGACUCAUAUGUGAACCAAGUGUCUUAAACUUAAGCAAAAAAUUGAAAAUUUGACGCUAUGUUUAUUGGGAAAUCUGGAAGAGAAUUAAUUCCAAAUGAACCUCUCCAGUAUGACUCAGAGACCAGCAUCUUAUAUAAACCCUAAAUGCCUCGAGUUCUAACAGUUUAAUCGUGAUCACAAAUUAUUUCGAGAAAAAGUUGUUUUUCUGGAGAACGAAAUGUAAUUUCAUUUUUUAAAGCCACUCAUUUGUCAUGUUCUUUCCUGAUAUUAGCGCUUCCUCUCCCUUUAAACACCACUUAUCAUGUUAAUCGCCACCUUUAUCAAAUUCACGAACAACAGCGUGUUGGAUGAUUUCUGAAAUUUAGAACGCAAGUCAUUUACACCUCAACAUAAAAAUACACUUUGUUUUGAUGAUAUCAGCACGAUUGUUGAUGUUUCGAAGCAAACAUGGCCUCUGUCUUUAGUGAAAUAAGAUAAUUUGGUUUGAUCAACUGAGUUGAUAAUGUGAAUUGGCCAUCGCAGAGAGUUUUAGAGCUGAGGUUUCGAGUAUUAGCCCCUCGUUUUGGGGGGGGGGGGGGGAAAUGCAGGCCUACUAUAACGUACGGCUUUUUAAACCACCAUUCCUUUUUCAAAUUGUGCGUUUAAAUUAUAGAUCAAGCGAAGCAGAAGAGCUUUUUAGCCACAGGAUUGAGGCGCCCAACAAAACAGACAUAUUUGCUAAACUCUUCAAAGGAUAUGACAAUAGAGUUAGGCCCAACUACAGAGGUGGGUGUAUAAAUAUUGACGGAGGACUUAUGUCGCAGAUGCAAAGAUCAAUAAAGACCAAUAACAAGAAAAAAAUUACAUUAAUUACUAACCGGUGAUAAGUGCCCGUUUUUGAUAUAGUUUCGUUUUUCCCUCUCUCUUACGUCGGAUCUCGCAGCUCAUUCAGUUGCAACGCGUCAGAAUUUUGUCACAUGAGAUCUAAUUCUUCCUCAACGCGAGAAUCUUCUUGAGCUUUUGUUUUCAGUUUUAUCUAACUCAGUGUAACCGUUUUAAGGACAGGAUUUUGAGAAUUUGAUGUGCAUACAUAAUUGUCUUGAUUUGCAAAAUUUGAAGCCAAACUGAGUAAAUCAAGAGGAUACCUAGAUUUUUAGUUUUCUAAGUUUGACAGUCCCUUUUUACUGAUAUUGUUUAGUGAACGUCUUCCCUUUCUUUUGGCAUUUUUUAUUUCAGAGAAACCAGUCCAAGUUUUACUCUAUGCUGUCAUUGACUCGUUUCACGAUAUCAGAGAAGAUCAAAUGGUAUCCAUAUAAAAAUAUAUAUUUAUUUCUUUAGAAAAAUUUAAUAAGUAUGGCAAAAGUACAACUGACAGAUAUAUUUUUCAAUAGCAUUUUUUAAUUUACUUUCAUAAAAUGUGCUGUAAUUGAAGAUAUUUCUUAGAUAAACAAAAGCAGAGUAUUUUGGAUCGGAAGUCCUGAGAGGGGAUUUUGUUUUAGAGAAAGCACGUUUCGAAUGAAAUUAGAGAAAUUACAACAGCCAAUCAGAACUUAAGUGAAUAUGAAAGGGAUUCAAAGCAAGCAAACUGCUUGAGGCGCGGGAAAACGCACGUAACCAAGUUGUUAUUAGCUUAGACCAGUUUCCAAUCGAGUGUCAGAAAAACCAAAACCAAUGUAAUCAUCACCAUUAGCCAAUGAAAACUGAAAGUGAAAACGAGCAAACUGCUUGAAGCGCGGGAAAACGCUGAUGAUCAUGUCGCGAUUGUUCGUAGUCUUCAUCUUCAGAGGAUGGCGCGAGUUUUUUUAACCAAUCACAGAGCAAAGUUAAGUAAAACUAAAGCAAUCACGUAUUACUUUCGACACUCAAUUGAAAAUUGCUCUGAGUGUUGCAUCUGAUUGGUUGAUAUGCUGGAUCGAACUUUAUUUCUAACCAUCACUGAGCAAAGUAACAAAAAAGAAAUGCAGUGCACCAAGAGAUUUUUAUAUUCUCUUGAGUCCACGUUGUGAGCAACUUUCGGCUCUUUAUUGAAAAUAGUUCUUAAGUUAGAUCAGUACUGUGUAGAGGGAAAACAUCAGUUAUCACUGUAAGGCAAUGAAAAGGACUCCAGUAUUUUCCAUUCUUAACUUAUUACCUUAUGACACUCAAAAGGAAUACAAAGUUGAGUUAAUAUUAAAAGAAACGUGGAAGGACCCAAGACUUGCAUAUGGCAACGCAACGUGGUUCGUCAGACUUAAAAAUGAGUUAUUAAAGAAAAUUUGGUAUCCUGAUACAAUGAUUGAGAACGCCAGAAAACACGAUGUUGACGAUAAAACAAGGACAGCAUACCUGUUUGGUGAUGGGACGAUAUUUUUCUCGGAAUGGUUUGUAUGAUUGAGUUAUCAUUGAAUUGUAUUUCACAGAGUUCAGUAUGCUGAUGAUGGUAUACUUAUGAAGAUGAUGGUCGUAGGAACGAUGAAAAUUCUGGUUGUGACUUUUCACCCUUUAUACCCUUUACAUCAGUAUGCAUAUCCUAAAUACUGUCUGACGUAUCCUCCACACUAUUCCCCAUACGUUUCCUUUCAUUUGCUUCCUUAUAGAUUUUUAGAUGGCCACAAGCUGAGGGAGUAGAAAAAAACUUUGUUUUACUCUUGGAGCUCAGUAACUCGCCCAAAUACGUAAGAAGCUAAGUUCCUCGUACUGCAUUCUUUGUGUCACAAAAGACAAUCCAUUCUGUUUCGUGUUUCAUUUUUUCUAAUUUUCAAGGAUUAAGGCAACUUUAACAAGUCACAUGGAUUUUAAGAGCUACCCAAUGGAUGUUCAGACGUUGAGAGUACAGUUUGCUGCUUGUAUGUAUGAAAACAUUUUGUUCAAUAAUGCAACCAAGAGGUGAUUUUCUAACUUUAAUUUUUAGUUUAGAAAAAUUUGAAAGACAGAUUAAGCCCCUUGGAAUGACGUAUGAUUUUAAAGAAAAGUUUAUUCAAAUUUUCUUUUAACUUAAAUUGAACCAUAAGUUUUAUGUUGCACCAUGGCGUUAUGCACUUUGCAUGUGAAUGACUUAAACAAUGCAUCUGAUGCAUUUCAUUGGCUCCAUUUUAGAUAUCACUAAUCUAUAACCAACAAGAACAAGUAAUUCCUAAGGAAACCUUUUAGGUGAUCACUUCGCCUCUCGCUCUAAAACAAUGUUGUUUUCCAUAAAAUAUGACGAUUUGUGUUUCUUGGUGAAUUUAUCUCUUUCAGACAGUUACGAUGAUAGUCAAGUUCUGUAUGAAUGGAUAAAAGUAUCUCUGAAGGAACAUGACAUGACAGAGUUUUACGUGGAAAAACAAAUCCUCAGAUUUGAAUCAACGUCAUUUAUUACAGGUAGUUCAGGUAUUUAUUUCUUAAUCAUCAUAUUAGACAAGAUGAGACUGGAAAUUGUGCAAGGUAUUUAUAAAGUGUGAUGAUUUUGAUACUGAUUUUGACAAGAACAGUGACGAAGGCAAUGGUAGUGAUAAUUGUUAUGAUCAUGGCCUAGGUAACGAUAACGAUGACGAUAACGAUAACCGUUUCUGUAACGAUAAGGUUAACGGUUACUAUAACGAUGACGAUAAUGAUAACGGUUACUGUAACGAUGACGAUAACGAUAACGGUUACUUUAAAGGUGACGAUAACGAUUAUUAUAACGAUGACGAUGAUAGUGACGAUGAUGAUGAUAAUGACAAUGAUGAUGACGAUGAUGGUGAUGAUGAGAAUAACGAUGAUAAUGAUGUUAAUGGUAAUGAAAUUGAAAAUGAUAAUGAUGAUGAUGCUGGUAAUAGCGAUGGUAAUGGCAAUUGUGGUGAUAAUUUUAUCUUUUAAUGAAGAUACGAAAACAUCUCAGAAUGGCCAAAGAAAUUAAGUUAAUCUCUGAUACACAGAUUGUUGAAGCACUCAACAGACAACUGUGUGAAGUAGAAAGUAAACUGAAAAGCAUACAUUACUGAUAAUUUUGUCAGAUGGAUUAACGAACUGGGUUGUUUGAACUUUCUAGGAACACAUACAGCAGCUGUGGUCGAGUUUAAGAUAAAACGUCGCUUACAGCACUUUAUCGUUGGCUUUUACGUCCCUUGCAUCGCAUGCACAGUAGCCUCUUGGAUUCAGUUUUGGAUGGAUGAAAUGGCCGUCGGUGACAGAGCAAGUCUGGGAAUAACAUCAGUGUUGACGGAGAUCUUUCUACUGGAGUUUAGUAAUCAGGGGAUGCCUAAAGUCAGUUAUAUGAAAGUUGCUGAACUAUACCUUAUUGUGUCUUUCGUGUUCAUCUUCUUGGCCCUGAUUGAGUCUGCAGUGGUGUACAAGGUCAGUCAGUGGUCACUCCUAAAAAAGAACAGUGGAAAGAUGACGGAAAAACAGGCUAUUAGAGAUAAGGUAAUUAUUUGUCCCAGUGGUCGAUCCAGGGUCUGCAGGGUUUGGCUUACCCCAGGGGUCGGUGGGUCUCGAACUGAUUCAUAUUUUGGUCGUUCACUUUUCAAUUCGUACCCAUUCUCUUCUUUCAUUCGCUCGUUUGUCGCAUCAUCAUCCACUCAAAUACUUUGUAAUAUAAAUUUAUUUUUUGAUCUUUUUUCAUCUAUCUAUAAACAGGGAUACCAGCCUCUGGAAAUCUGAAUUUUGAAGACAUUUGAUUUCAAUUGGAUCUCCCUUCUCAUCUAAAUGUCUUCUUCUAAUCGACUCUCUUGCCCCAGUCUUCCUUAGAACCCGGUAAUCGCUAAAAUCACACGAUGUAAUCCAAAAUCGAAAAAUGAUUGAAAAAAGGCACAUAAACACAACCAAGUCCUUGUACAGACAAUCCAAUGAUCUUUUGUGAUGAAGUAGAUAUUUCUUGAUUUGCCAUCUUAAAAGAGAACGUAUGCAAAUAAUUUCAUGGUCUCUCACAUUAGGUUAACAUCUCUCAUAACUCUUUUUUUCAGACUCAUACUUCACAGACACCGACAGGAAAAGAAUUUUAUAAAGAAACCGAAACCCCCAAACCCGAAACACUGACGUCUUGUAGAUCACCAAUGAUGUUAAGAUACAGCACUCUCAACUUUGAACAAACAGUGAAUAAAUCAUCGGAGCACAUCCUUUCUGAAGAAGAGAGAUACGAAGGGACAGACUCCCCUAAAAUCUCGACGACUUCAGCGGGAACUGAAGCCAAGGAAAGCUGGGGCCAUGCGAUAGACCGGGGGGCGCGUGCCUUAUUUCCGCUCUCUUACCUCAUCUUCUCAGUCAUGUAUUUUGGUGUCAUGUUUACUUCUGAUGAGGGAUCCAAAUGA